AUGGAAAGCAGCCUGAAGAACGUCCUGGUGGUCUCCUUUGGAUUUCUCCUUCUCUUUACUGCCUUUACUGGCCUGCAGAAUCUGCAGAGCAGCCUGUACACAGAGAAAGGCCUGGGGGUGGCGGCCCUCAGCACCAUCUAUGGGGCGGUGCUUGUGUCCUCCAUGUUCCUCCCACCUGUUCUCAUUAAGAAGUUCGGCUGCAAGUGGACCAUCGUCAUCUCCAUGUGCUGCUACGUGGCCUUCUCCCUGGGAAACUUCUAUGCCAGCUGGUACACCUUGAUCCCCACCUCCAUCCUGCUGGGACUGGGAGCCGCUCCGCUGUGGUCCGCUCAUUGCACAUACCUCACGAUCAUGGGAAACACAUAUGCAGAGAAGGCAGGAAAAAUUGGCAAAAAUGUAAUGAACCAGUAUUUUGGCAUCUUCUUCCUCAUAUUCCAGUUAUCCGGCGUGUGGGGCAACCUGAUCUCGUCUCUGGUAUUUGGCCAAAAGCCCACUCAAGGUGCCAUCCCAGAGGAGCAGCUCCUGUCCUGUGGGGCCAGUGACUGCCUGAUGGCCACGGCAUCCACCAACAGCACCCAGCGUCCCUCCCAGGAGCUGAUCUACACCCUGCUGGGCAUCUACACGGGGAGUGGAGUGCUGGCAGUGCUGCUCAUAGCCGUAUUUCUCCAACCCAUAGAAGACGCCCAGCAGAAAAGCAAAGGAGAGGAAAAGCCACCAUCUUUCUGGUCCACUUUACUGUCAACUUUCAAGCUUCUCAGAGAUAAACGUCUGUGUCUCCUCGUUCUGCUGCCAGUGUACAGUGGAUUCCAACAAGCCUUCAUCACUGGAGACUACACGAGGUCGUACGUCACCUGCGCCUUGGGGAUCCACUUUGUCGGCUACGCGAUGAUCUGCUUCUCGGCCACCAACGCGUUGUGCUCUGUGCUGUACGGAAGGAUCUCCCAGUACACAGGCAGGAUCGCUCUCUACAUGCUGGGCACGGUGGUCCACCUCUCCUGCAUAAUCGCCCUCUUGCUGUGGAAACCACACCCUAACCAGCUGGCUGUGUUCUUCGUAUUUUCUGGCCUUUGGGGCACGGCCGACGCCGUCUGGCAGACACAAAACAAUGUUCUCUAUGGCGUUCUGUUUGAGAAGAACAAGGAGGCCGCCUUCGCUAACUACCGCCUGUGGGAAGCCGUGGGGUUCGUCAUUGCAUUUGGAUACAGCACGUUUUUAUGCGUCUAUGUCAAACUCUACAUUCUCCUCGGGGUCCUGAGUCUGACCAUGGUGGCAUAUGGAAUUGUCGAGUAUGUGGAGUCCAAGAACCUGGCCCGGCCACUGGCGGGAGAAGAGACAAAACCAGCAGAGGAAGAAGAAGUACAGACAAGACUGUGAAAGCAGCCACCCCAUGGGAGGUGAUCUCGGAGGGCAUCAGCAAGAGUUUUAUUUGAAGAUGCCUCAGAGUUUAAAGUUGAUUCUUCACAACUAUUUCAGCAAUAGAUGGCCAUUCUGAAGACAUAAAAAGGUUUCAUUUCUCAUGUAAUUUUUUUUCUAUUCUAUCAAAUUUUCCAUCCACCAUCUCAUCAGUAGAGAUCAAGAGGAUCCAUGAAGGAAUCAGUUACUUUCAGAUACAAAAGAAAAAAGUUUAGGGUCCAAUCAGCCAACUGGAACUUGUUUAGAAUCAUAGAAUCAACAACUUACAUUUGUUUUUGUGGUUGUCAUUGUUGUGUUUAAGAAUUGGAAGGCUGUUUAAAAUAAAGCAGUCCAACACCAUAAUUUUCCAAGUGUGUAAACUGACAUCCAGGCAGGUCAGCUGACUACCUCCCAGAGUCAGUAAAGGCAAAGCCGGAGUAGGGUUUACGUCUCUUGAGACUUAUGGAGUAUGAGUUUCUAAAUAAAUGCAAUUAUGUCAUGGACUUAA